AUGUUAUUUUUCUCAAUCUUGCUCCUCCUUGGAGCAAGUAUCCUCUCCUCCGCUGAACAUACAUCGAAUUGGGCCGUCCUUGUUUCGACAUCUCGGUUUUGGUUCAACUAUAGACAUCUUGCCAAUGUCUUGUCCUUAUAUAGGACUGUCAAGCGACUGGGCAUUCCGGAUUCCCAGAUCAUUCUCAUGCUUCCAGAUGACAUGGCUUGCAACCCUCGAAACGUGUUCCCCGGCACUGUUUACAACAACGCGGAUCGAGCACUGGAUCUCUAUGGAGACAACAUCGAAGUGGAUUAUAGGGGCUACGAGGUUACGGUAGAGAACUUUAUCCGGUUGCUCACAGACCGGUUUGGCGACGACGUACCGCGAAGCAAAAGGCUGUUGACGGACGAUCGGAGCAACAUCUUGAUCUACAUGACCGGGCACGGUGGGAACGAGUUCCUCAAGUUCCAGGAUGCGGAGGAAAUCAGUGCGUUUGACCUCGCCGAUGCCUUUGCGCAGAUGUGGGAGAAGAAGAGAUACCACGAAAUGCUAUUCAUGAUCGACACCUGCCAGGCGAACACCAUGUACAGCAAAUUCUACUCCCCCAACAUCAUCGCGACUGGUUCUUCCGAAAUCGACGAGUCCUCCUACAGCCACCAUGCAGACAACGACGUCGGCGUCGCCGUGAUCGAUCGAUAUACCUAUUAUAAUCUCGAAUUCCUCGAAACGCAGGUCCGCGAGCAAGGAAGCAAGCUUAAUCUAGGCGACCUAUUCGAUUCAUACGACGAGGAGCAGAUCCACUCGCGCCCAGGGUUCCGCUACGACUUGUUUGAAGGAGGAGCCGAAGCAGCGCGAGCGCGCAAGGUCAUGGACUUUUUUGGCAACGUGCAGAACGUAGAGGUUCAAGGGGAGGCAGAUGCGGCGUCCUGGAAUGCGACGAGCUGGAAAGAGGAACUUCAGGCGCUGCAGAACUUGGUCGAGGAGGCUCAGAAGAGACAUAAUGCUUCCGCACCCGGACCGGAGCAUUCAAGAGCCGCCGCAGAUGGAGCAUCGGUAACCUUCCGGGGUCUUAACCAUGGUGUGGCGGCGAAGGUGCAGGUGGAGAAUACGUGGAGCAAACAGGUCAUGGGAGCAACGGCGCUCCUAGGCUGUGCUGCGGUGUGGAUGCUCGGCUCAUACUUCGAUACGGCGAAGUGA